GAAUUUGAAAGGGCGGCUCUGGAGAGGCGUGGGCGUCCCCCCCACCACCACCCAGACACUUUCAGCUCUUCAACCCGGUCCCCACUUCAUCCUCCGCUCCGGGCUGGGGCCGCAGGUUCGGUCCGACCGCCCGGUGCGCUCCACCUGAAUUGUCCCCGCGCCCCGGGACCUCGGGUCCCUCCCGCGGGCUGCCGCGCAAAGAUGAAGCUGGUCCUGUUCCUGCCCUGGGCGUGCUGCUGCCUGUGCGGGACGGCGCUGGCCACUGGCUUCCUCUACCCGUUCCCUGCCGCAGCCCUGCAGCAGCAAGGCUACCCCGAGCAGGGCGCCGGCUCCCCCGGCAGCGGCUACGCGAGCCGCCGGCACUGGUGCCAUCACACGGUGACGCGGACGGUUUCCUGCCAGGUGCAGAAUGGCUCAGAGACAGUGGUCCAGCGUGUGUACCAGAGCUGCCGGUGGCCGGGGCCCUGCGCCAACCUCGUGAGUUACAGGACUCUCAUCAGGCCCACAUACAGAGUGUCCUACCGCACGGUCACGGCGCUGGAGUGGAGAUGCUGUCCUGGAUUUACGGGCAGCAACUGUGAGGAGGAAUGCAUGAACUGUACCCGGCUCAGCGACAUGAGCGAGCGGCUGACCACGCUGGAGGCCAAGGUCCUCCUGUUGGAAGCAGCUGAGCAGCCCUCAGGCCCAGACAACGACUUGCCACCCCCACAGAGCACCCCGCCGCCCUGGAAUGAGGACUUCCUCCCGGAUGCCAUCCCCCUUGCACAUCCAGGUCCCCGGAGGAGAAGACCCACAGGCCCAGCCGGACCCCCAGGACAGACUGGACCACCUGGACCUGCAGGACCCCCGGGCUCCAAAGGUGACAGGGGCCAGACAGGCGAGAAGGGCCCAGUGGGGCCUCCUGGUCUCUUGGGACCACCAGGUCCCCGUGGGCUUCCUGGAGAGAUGGGGCGCCCUGGGCCCCCAGGUCCCCCUGGCCCAGCAGGCAAUCCUGGCCUCUUACCAAACAGCCCCCAAGGUGUGCUUUAUUCCCUUCAGCCGCCUACAGACAAGGAGAAUGGAGACUCUCAGCUGGCGCCUGCUGUUGUGGACACAGUGUUAGCUGGCAUCCCAGGACCCCGAGGUCCCCCUGGUCCUCCAGGUCCCCCAGGACCACAUGGCCCCCCUGGGCCCCCAGGAGCACCUGGAUCCCAGGGUUUGGCAAGUGAGCAGGGCACGGUGGUACCUUCUGGUGAGCCCAGUGUGAAGGGAGAAGAAGCGGACAAAACCACCACUGCAGAGGGUGAAGGUGUACAGCAGCUGCGAGAGGCUCUGAAGAUCCUAGCUGAGAGGGUUCUAAUCCUGGAACACAUGAUCGGGGUCCACGAUCCUCUGGCCUCUCCCGAGGGAGGCUCUGGCCAGGACUCUGCCCUGAGAGCCCACCUCAAGAUGAAGCGGGGAGGCCCCCAACCCGAUGGCAUCCUGGCUGCCCUGCUGGGCCCCGACCCUGUGCAGCAGAGCACCGCCGAGGAGGCCAGCAGCAGGAAGUAAGAGCCCCGUCCUCCAGGACAAGCCCAGCCCUGGCCAGACACCUGACCCUGGGGCUGGACUUCAGCUGAACCCUGAAGAUACCAAGAUACCCCACGUGGAACCAGGGGCCAUGCAGGGACAGUUUGUGGGGACACUGGGAGCCUGGGGACCCUGGAGACGGACGGCAUCCCCAGCGUCAGAGUCCAGCGAGGACGGACGCCCCAGCAGAACCCUCCCUUUCCCCAUUCCCCCAUCCUCAACUCCCUGCUGGAGACGGGGUCUGGAUGGGCCGGGUGGCGUACGUGAGAAUACUCAUAACUCUAAUCAUUUAAGCAGCCCCUGCUCUGUCAGGGCCUGACCUAGGUGCUUUCCCUAUAUUGUCUCAUUUAACCCUUAGCAGGUAGGCCUGUUCUCCCCACUUGUCCUGGGGACCAAGGCAUGGAAGGUAUAGAUCGUGCAGAUCAUAGAUACGAGGGUGGGAUUUGAACCCAUGCCUUCUGUUUCUGAAGCCGUGGGCUCCGGACCUUGCCAGUUUCUUGCCCUUGUUGUGAGGAACUAGAAGAAGGGGGCGUGGGGAGGUCACAGGGCCUGGGUGACUCCUGAGGCAGCAAGGCUGCUGUGUGGCCAGGCCAGCUGGGAAGGGGCAUGGGGACCAUGGGAGCUCCCUUCCUUGGUUCACUUCCCAGGGCGGGGAGGUCAGCUCUCAGAGGCCAAGGAGAUCCUGAAUCAACCACUCCGGGACCUGGAGGCCCUGAGGGAGGGUCUCGGGGUGGGGGACGGAAGUAAGUGCUCCAGAAAGUGACAGGUAGCCCUCGCCACUGCCUCCCAGUCUUGUGGAGCAAACCAGCCACUACCGGGCCCUCCCUCAUCUAGAAGGACCGAGCAUUUACUAGGACCGUCCACCCAGGGAAGGACCUGCCACCCCCCCUCCACACCCCCGCCCAGUUCGCUUUCAGUUUCUCUGGGAAAUCUCUAGAAGCUUCAGCUACGUGGAACAAUACAGUCCACGUCCCCUUAGCAAACCGUAGUCGUCAAGCUGCCCGCGUCCCUGGCCUGCCGGAGGUGACAGUCCCACGCUGGCCCCUCACGACUGGCGUCCCGGCCGAGCUGAGCCCCGGCAGCUAGAACAGCCCGGACGACAGUCCUCGGGCCUCUGUGGGCCUGGGUCUCCCGGGACCCUCUGGGCCUGGUGCUGUCCUGCUUGCACCACAGCCUGGAUCCUCAGAGAGAAGAAAGUUCCAGGAUAUGCCCGCGUCUUCGCUUUGCAGGAGUGGCCAUGCCCCCCGAAACUCCUGACGCUCAUGUAAGACUGUGGUCUGGUCCUGAUGGCCCCUCCUGGGGGCAGCGCUGGCCUCCUGCUGGCCUGUCCUGGGCCGCUGUCUGUCUCUGAGGAGAAGUCAGGCCUGUGACCUUGUUACUGUAUCUUGAUAAUAAAGGUGCCUUCUCCCUA